UAUGUUAAUCCAAAACGCACAUUUAAACAUUGCAAUGUUGACUUCACAUGGGGUAAAAUGUGCCCCAAGCUAUACACAGAACUUGGAGGAAGAUGCGACUUGGUCAAGGGAACAUUUGAUUGCCCAGAUAUUCGUAAAUAUGCGCGAUUCACUCCUCGGCAGGCACAACUCGUUCAGACACGAAUGUUACGCAUCUUCGACCUCCUCGCUCGGAAGUACAAAAUCAACUACUGGAUUGCCCGUGGGACUCUUCUCGGGGCUGCGAGACAUCAUGGAUUUAUCCCAUGGGAUGGGGAUGCUGAUAUUGAAAUGCCUUUAGACGACUACGUGAAAUUUUUCCAGGUAGCAGCGAGGGAGCUACCGGACGACAUUUUCUUUCAAAACAGCAUUAGUGAUCCCGCGUUGAAACCGAAUGAUGCGAGCGGUUUCGACAACCAUGAAAUAGUUGGUAUAUAUGAAGUGACGUGGAACCCAAGACUUAGAGAUAGAAACAGUUGUUAUAAAUAUUGUAUCGCUUACGGCUGCAAAUGGCACGACGGUCUGAUGGUCGACAUGUUUAUUGUACCUAAUGUGGAAAAAUCCGCGAUGUACCCCUUGAAGCAAAUGGAAUUCGAAGGGUUCCCGUUAAAUGUCCAGAACAAUUGGAAACAGGUCUUAGUGUCCCUAUACGGGGAAAAUUGGUCUGAAUUUCCAACGGAUCAAUCACCAGAAGAGAAUCCAGAUGUAUUUCACGGUUGCGAGAAACUAAGAAAGUAUUCCUCUCUGAAGAGGAUUUUGACUCGCAAGUGGCAUACCUAAACAAUUGGAGACCAUUAAAGACAUUAAACGGAGCGAAUGCAUAACAGUUUGUCCUUUAAUUUAUAUUUUACACCGUAGAAGAAUGCGGUAUAUUUAAAAUCAAAACUACAAUGUACGGAC